AUGUUGCGUAUCAAUAUCAGUGUAGGUGACGAUGGUCGUGUGACUAGUGCUGUGGUGUUUGAUCUUGAAGACGUCAAGAGUUUGCGAGAGUUGGGGGUUUGUGGAGUGCUCUGUGGGAGUCUCCCUACGUUGGCGCAGCAGAAUGUGUUUUUGUCUGUGCCGUUACGGCUAAUGACAGAGGAGGCUGUAUGGUUGAUUGAGCGAGGCUUGGCACAAGCGACUGUUACUAGACCUGGGACUCUACUGGAAAAAUUAGGUGAUAAGCAUCUUGCUGAAAGAGUGGCUCGAGAGUCCAAAUUAGAGUUGGAAAACAGUCUGAUUCGGCAGACGCAGUAUAAGAGAGAACAACAUCAAUUGAAGUUGAAGAAGUUGGGGAUUGAUGAGAUACGUAGAGAGACUGAUGAAAGGCUGUUGGAAUCUUCACUGUUCUUAGAGACAGCAAACGACUCACGAGUACUGCGAGAUGAACAGGAUGAGUUGAUAGUCGAGCGUAUGAUCGAAAGAUACAGUCGAGAACCGCAUUAUCUUACUUAUGCCAAGCUUAAGGACCAAGGCUAUGUCGUAUCGCCCGGUGCCAGGUUUGGUGGGAAAUAUAUAGUAUAUCCUGGGGACCCUUUGCGCUUCCAUUCACAUAUGGUGGUAAGCGAACCUAUGGACUAUCAGGACGAUGUGAUCGAGUUUCGUGAUAUAAUGAACGGUUCGAGGUUAUCGACCGCUGUUAAGAAAAUCUGGGUGCUUAGUGGGAUCGACUCUCAAGAUCAGGCACACUUAUUUUCUGUAGAAUGGGCCGGUUUUGGUUGA